AUGAAAGAAAGUAUCAUGAACCAGAAGAAACUCACCAAACUGCAAGCACAGGUGCACAUUGGUGGGAAAGGAACUGCUCCCCGAAAGAAGAAGGUGGUUCAUAGAACAGCUACAGCAGAUGAUAAAAAACUUCAGUUCUCCUUAAAGAAGUUAGGGGUAAACAAUAUCUCUGGUAUUGAAGAAGUGAAUAUGUUCACAAACCAAGGAACAGUGAUCCAUUUUAACAACCCUAAAGUUCAGGCAUCGCUGGCAGCGAACACUUUCACCAUUACAGGCCAUGCUGAGACAAAGCAGCUGACAGAAAUGCUACCCAGUAUCUUAAACCAGCUUGGUGCAGACAGUCUGACUAGUUUAAGAGGCCUGGCUGAAGCUCUGCCCAAACAAUCCGUGGAUGGAAAAGCACCACUUGCUACCGGAGAGGAUGAUGAUGAUGAAGUUCCAGAUCUUGUGGAGAAUUUUGAUGAAGCUUCCAAGAAUGAAGCAAACUGAAUUGAGUCAACUUCUGAAGAAGAUAAAA